AUGGCGCUCCCCGCAGGGAUGCCGACACUCGAGGCGUCACGCACCAAGAACCUCACCAGACCGGACAAUGUGUUCUGCACGGAGUACCUGCAGGAGGCGGUGGUUCGAUGCAAGGUUGCCCCUCACCUUCGCCCGCCAAAAACUGACCAUUUCCCUAUCCUCUUGACUCUGGGGAUACCGGUGGAGGAGUCGGCCCGCACAACACGUCGGAACUUCCGCGAGGUUGACUGGGAAGCCUUCAAUGAGACCCUUCGGGCUGAGCUUGCUGCCCGCCCUCCUCCCAUUGUAAUUAUCACCACAGCUAACCUGGAUCGGGCCCUCUCCAGGUUGACAGCAGCCCUGCAAGUGGCCAUAGACCGGCAUGUACCAGAAACGGUCAUCUGCCCCUUCACCAAGAGGUGGUGGUCAAAAGACCUCGACAAGAUGAGGCGCGAGACGAAGCGCCUGGGCCGAGAGUCUUACCGCUACAGAGGGGAUGCAGGCCACCGGGCACACCGCAAGUACAAAGUUGCCCGCAACCGUUAC